CUCUCGCAGAGUGCUGGCCUUUCGCCUGUGACCGUGCCGGCGCCAAAAGCAGCUUCAUACCCGCCAUGUGCACCGCCGGCGACCGUGGCCGGCGCAGCCGAAGGGACCGCGCACAACGGCGACCCGACGGCCAAGAAGGAUAUCGUCGCCGCGGUCAAGCAGCUCGAGUCAACGCUGGCGGCCAUGCAAGACGCCCACGAACUGCAGGAGGCGCGCCAAGCUAUCCAGGCGCGCCUGGACGCCAAGAAGAAACAGCUCGGGGACCUACGGCCAGUCGGGAAGAGGCUGCGUGCAACGUUGGCGCAGAAGGCUGUCGAGGCAGCGGCCGAGGAGGUGACGUCUCUCAAGAAGGCCGUGCAGGAGCUGGAGCAGCAGGUGUCGUCUGCGCAAGCUACCCCCCAGCCCGCCCCGAUGGCCGAGGGCGCCCCGCUCGACCUCCCUGAACAGCAGCUCCACGCAGCACGGCAUGCUCUGAGCCAGUGCGCUUCCGUCUCGCCUGCGGCGGUACAGGAGUCGGAGGACCUCUUCGCCAAAUUCCAGGUGACCCUCGAGCAUGCCCGGGCGCAGCCAACGCCGCGACAUGCUGCGGGCAAGCAGGGGCCCCCGCUCCUCCGCGAGCGGCUCAACGGCAAGCAGCCAGCCAAGAUGCGCACCACGGGGCCCUUCACCAAGCAGGUCGG